GUUUAAAUCAAGUAGCUGGGAUCUAUCUAGGGUUUAGUUUCAUCUUCGCGCAAGAGAAUCAUCAUUGCUUCGAAUCAAAGCUAAAAUGGAGACUUGUGGAGGGGUUGAUUUGAAGGCUUAUAGUCUGAUGAAGAGUUCGCUGUUUUCUUUUCAAUCUUCUUGGUCUACUAAGAAGAAGAGAAGUUUGAAAUUAGCUAAGUCCAAAGGGUUGAGUAGCAGUAGUAGUAGUAAGGAAGAGGGGGACACGAGGUCGCGUCCUGUGAUAUUGAAAGUCUAUUGUAGGAAACGGAAGCGGAGUUUGCGGGUGGAUAAUGGCUCUCAUGAUGGAGUUGAAGUUAUUCCUAAAGCAGCAUCUCAUGAGAAACUGCAACACUCUGUAGAUGAUGAAGAUGGUAUUGUAUUAGGUGAUUGGAUUAAACAAAUGGGGAGGAACAGUGUGAAGAGUGGGGAAGAUGAGCGGAAAGAAUCUGAGAUGAAGACAGUGUCUGAAAUAAAAGUGGAAUCUUUUCAAGAAAUAUUACCUAGUUGGAGUUCUGGGGGAUUCACUAGUAAAAGGAAGAAGAGAGGCAGAGUAGAACUUGAAGUUAAAUCUGAGACGAAGUCAAUACCGGUUAUGAAUGUGGAACUUUCUGAAGAUCAUGGUUGUACAGUGUUAGCUAGUCCUAGUUCUGGAAGAUCAACUGGUAGAAAGAAAGACAGACAGGAAGUAGAACGUGAAGAAGAUUUGGCUUGGGAAGAGGAACUUCAGAUGAUUUCUAAGAUCAAGGCUACAAAGCGAAGAAGAAGAGGUUCCCACAGUCCAGAACAUGUCACAUGUGUUAGUGGUUCACGUUCACGUUCGCCAGAUUCAGAGGUGUCAGAUUCCCUUCUGAAAAAGGGGUGUUCUGAUGACUGCACAAGCAUUAAUAAUUCUUCAAAGGAAUCUAAGGAAGAAAACGCUAUCUGCCAUCAGUGCUUGAAAGGGGAAAGGAUAACACUUCUCAUUUGUAGUGAAUGUGAAGAGACCAUGUAUUGUCUUCAAUGUAUAAGGAAAUGGUAUCCACAUCUAUCUGAGGAUGAUAUCGUUGAUAAAUGUCCUUUCUGCCACAAAAAUUGCAAUUGCAACAGAUGCUUGCAUUUGAAUGGUUUAAUCGAGACAACGAAGAGGGAACUCACGGCUUCUGAAAGACGCCAUCAUCUCCAAUACUUGAUUGCUUUGAUGCUUCCGUUUUUGAAUAAGUUAUCUGAGUCCCAGAAUCAAGAGAUUGAAAUUGAAGCAAAGGUUCAAGGAUUACAGCAUUUUGAAGUUGACAUUACUGGAGCUGUGAGCUACUGUGAUGAACGUGUAUACUGUGAUCAUUGUGCAACUUCAAUUGUUGACUUGCACCGGAGCUGCCCAAAAUGCUCUUUCGAGCUUUGUUUGAACUGCUGUCAAGAGAUUCGCGAAGGUUCUAUUUCCCAACGCCCUCAAAUGAAGCCGCAGUAUGUUAAUAAAGGAUACAAGUACAUGCAUGGUUUAGAAAUGGAACCGAGCUCCUCUUCUGUUUCUGAGGAAAAUGAAGAAGCUAACACGUCCGCAAAAUGGAAUGCUGGUUCUGAUGGUAGCAUCACUUGUGCACCUAAAGAGCUAGGUGGUUGUGGUGAUUGUAUGUUGGAGCUUAAGCGAAUCCUACCACGGACCCGGAUCUCAGACUUGGAACAAAAGGCAGAGGCUUUCUUAGCAUCAUACGAUAACAGCCCUCCAGCGUCGAAAUGUAAGUGUUCUGCCGUGGAGACAGAUAUGACAAGGAAAACAGCUUCUAGGAGUGGAUCAAGGGACAACUACUUGUUCUGUCCACGAUCUCUUGAUAUUUUGAAGGAAGAAGAGCUUCUGCAUUUUCAAGAGCAUUGGAGUAAAGGUGAACCGGUAAUCAUUAGGAACGCUCUUGAUAACACACAUGGUUUAAGCUGGGAGCCGAUGGUUAUGUGGAGGGCAUUAUGCGAAAAUUUGGAUUCAAACGCAAGUUGUAAGAUGUCUGAAGUGAAAGCUAUUGAUUGUUUAGCUAAUUGUGAGGUGGAGAUCAAUACUCGUCACUUCUUUGAAGGUUAUAGCAAAGGAAGAACUUAUGAAAACUUCUGGCCUGAGAUGUUAAAGUUAAAGGACUGGCCUCCUUCUGAUAGUUUUGAAGACCUUUUACCUCGUCACUGUGACGAGUUCAUAUCGGCAUUACCUUUCCAAGAAUAUAGCGAUCCUAGAACUGGGAUUCUGAACAUUGCAACCAAGCUUCCUGAAGGACUUAUCAAACCAGAUUUGGGUCCAAAAACGUACAUUGCCUAUGGGCUUCCAGAUGAGCUUGGUAGAGGCGAUUCUGUGACUAAACUUCACUGUGAUAUGUCAGACGCAGUUAAUAUUCUGACCCAUACAACUGAAGUAACAUUAAGUCAAGAACAGAUAUCUGCAGUCAAAGACCUGAAGCAGAAACACAAAGAACAGAACAAGCUAGAGGAACAGGGCAGUGGAGACAACGACAUUACCUGCAGCCAGGAGGAAAAAGCGCUGAACAUGCCAGAGAUUCUGAGCUGUGAAACUGAGCAGAAUCAUGACGAAACAGGAAGUGCUCUUUGGGACAUUUUUAGGAGAGAAGAUGUCCCUAAGUUAGAAGAGUAUCUAAGAAAACAUUGCAAAGAGUUUAGACACACUUUUUGUUGUCCAGUUACAAAGGUUUAUCACCCGAUACAUGACCAGUCAUGCUAUUUAACCGUAGAGCAUAAAAGAAAACUAAAGGCGGAAUUCGGAAUCGAACCAUGGACAUUUGUGCAAAAGCUAGGAGAAGCUGUAUUUAUACCUGCGGGUUGUCCUCAUCAAGUUCGGAAUCUAAAGUCGUGCACUAAAGUUGCAGUUGACUUUGUGUCACCAGAGAACAUCCACGAAUGUCUACGUCUUACUGAAGAGUUUCGUCAACUUCCCAAGAACCACAAGGCCAGAGAGGACAAACUUGAGGUAAGUCUUUUUUUUUUUUCUUUUGUGAGCUUAUUAUUGCAUAUUUUUGAGUUUGAUAUCUGGAACAAGUUAGGAAGGAUGGGCAUUUGAACCCAACCGAUUUAUUUAGAAACCAAAAUUUAUUUUAGAAUCUACCCAAAAUCAAAUUGAACCAUCAUCUAACAAAGAAUGACCAAAUUUGUGUUUCCAAAAUAAAAUAAAAAAAAUUAUGUUUUAAAAUGUACUUCAAUAAGUUGUAUACAUUAUUCUGAUCAUAUUU